AUGCCUGAGUAUCUAAUUACCGUGACUUUAUAUAGAACUAACCUGUAUUGCGUGUCCACAGGUUGUGUUUUCCAUACCACCGAUGGACUGGGAUCGGAGAGCGAAGGGGUGCGGUUUAUCCGCGUCCGCGAAGAUACACCGAUCGAUCAAGAGAUAUUAAUGCUCCAUGCCUAUCCAAGGUCAUCGAUAUACUUGAAGAGUGCCGAUGGCUUCACCGAUCAUUCGUACUUCAUGUUGCAUGAAUUGAAUUCCACAUCUGUGCAGAUAAUUUUGAAGAAAUCUCUGGAGAGCUUGGUGGACCGCGAUCAGCCGCAGAACUUAUUGAAAUUCCGGGUUCUUUGCACUGGGAAAAAAGGAAGAAUGGAAGAGACAAGCUUCAUAUCGGUGACUGUUUACAUUGAAGACGUCAACGACCAGGUUCCUAAGUUCCUCAACGAACCGUAUAUUGUGGAGGUAGAGGAAUCAACACCACCAGGUUCUGUAAUAUACCGAAACAUUCAAGCCUUUGACCGCGAUAAGCCAAACACUCCCAACUCUGAAGUGCAUUUGACACUUUCCAGCUCAUUUCAUGGCGCAGAGAGUGCUCCGUAUUUUGCCCUUGAGAGCCCACAUCGUCCACUUUUGAUUCUUAAGCGGGAACUUGAUUUCGACAAUGGAAUCCGGGAAUUCCGAAUUCCUUUGCUGGCUAUUGACCGGGGGACUCCACCAAAUCAAGCCAACACCACGGUGAUAGUGAGAGUGCUUGAUGUUGAUGACAUGCCUCCAAAGUUCACCGAAGGAGUUUACCGGACAAAGAUCAAUGAAUUCUACCCAAUGACAGGCAGAGUGAUUCGAAUGCCACUAUACUUUUCACCACCGAUCAUGGCAUACGAUCAGGACUCGCUGAAUGCAACGCUUGUUUAUGAAAUAAUUUCGGGCAAUGAACGAAAACUCUUCGAUGUGAAUUCUUCGAAUGGGAUAAUAUUUUUGCAGAAAGAAAUCGAUUUGGAGGAAGAAAGUCUUCCAGGGAAUACUUUUGUACUGCAGAUCGAGUCCAGGCAGAGAGAUAGUCCGUUGAAGAAAGCCGUGGCAAGAAUUGAAAUCGAAAUCCUUGACUUGAAUGAUAAUCAGCCCGAAUUCGAAGUAGACUACUAUAAUAUCUCAAUUGUGGAAAACUUACCAAGUGGAUUUAGUGUUCUCCAAGUCAAUGCUAUCGAUCGGGAUCAAGGAGAGAAUGCAGAGUUUGCCUAUAAUCUUGUCGAGGAAAAUUCGUCAGCUGGAGCUUUUCUCAUUGAUAGUCGAUCCGGAUGGAUAACAGUUCGUGAGCAUCGCCUUCUUGAUAGAGAAGCACGAAAGUCCAUUGGAUUGAUUGUGGAAGCGAUUGAAAAGAAUCCAUCUUACGAUGAACUCAAUCAGGAAGGACCAAGUUCUGUUCAGGUGCAGAUAACUCUUCUAGACUCGAAUGACAAUACACCAAAGUUUGAAAAGGGAAAUUUGUACGAAUUCAAAGUUCAGUCGAAUGCAGCAGUUGGAACGUUGAUUGGAAAAGUCAUGGCUUAUGAUCCGGAUGAAGGAAGGAAUGGUGUUGUUCUCUAUGAGCUGCAACGACCCAAGGGAAGUGGAUUUAUCCCGUUUCGUUUGGAUCCUCAGACUGGGGCCAUAUUUGUUGCGGGACCUUUGAGACCUGGAAGGAUUGCAGUCUUCAUUGAAGCAACUGAUCAGCCGGCAAAUCCGUCAGAGAGAAGGUUUUCCCUGGCAGUUGUCACAAUUGAAGUGUACGCGACUAUGGGAGACGAAGAAGUUGAUUUUCUAGGAGCACCAUAUGAAUUCUGGGUGGGGUCUGAUGUCCCGCUAGGAACUUCUGUUGGUCAAGUUCGAACAACGUUGAUGUACGAAGGUGACGAUGACAUAUUGUAUGAUCUUUUGCAUUCGUACUCGGAUGGUGUGCCAUUUGCAAUUGAGGAACGAUCUGGAAUUAUAACUGUUAUUCGGGAACUGAAGGACUUCCAGAGAUUGAUCUAUUACUUUGAGGCUGUAGCGAAUUUCCAAUUUACAAACCUCACGCAAGGCCGCCAGUUGACUUUUAGAAAACCACCAUUUCGCAAACCACUUGAUACAUUUCAUCAAAUGGAAGAAGAGAAAGAAGGUGUGCUCAUUACAAAUGUUACAAUCCAUGUUGUGAGUCAAAAGGAACUAACCAAACAUCCUGUUAUUGAGGAAAUCAAUGUCCGAGCUAUUGGCUUCCAUGUGGAAGAAAACAAAAUUGGCGCUAUUAUCGGUCAACUGGUCUAUAAGAACGAAAAGGAGCUCGAAGCCCUAGAAGCUCACAAAAUCUUCGCCCAAAUGAAUGCGUUUAAACGACUUCAACCCUCAACCUACAGAAAUUACAGCACCUUCAUCAAAAACAACACCAAAACCAGGGCAAUGCGACGUCUUGAGAAUGGCGGGUUUGUUGCCCUGCGGUACAUCAUAGCCAAUCGACAGGAAGUGAUGAAUAAAAUCACAAUCACCGAUGACGGAACUCUGAUGACCAUAACCGGCCUCGACCGAGAAGAACGGGACCAUUACGAGCUGACAAUCAUAGUGGAAUACUCGAAGGGACAGAUCAGUGGUGCAGCGAUUUAUCAAGUAAAUGUGCUGGUCGACGAUGUUAAUGACAACCCACCGAUAUUUGAUGCUCCAGUCUAUGUGGGAAUGAUCAAUGAAAAUUGUGAGCUAAGGGCUGAGGUAUUCCUCAAUCGAUACAUCAAAGUUUCAGAUGAUGACGCUGGAAAAAAUGCCGAGUUCAAAGUAGUCCUGCAGGGGGAUGGCAGUGAGAUGUUUACAGUGGAGCUGGCUAACAGUUCCCAAAACACCGUCUUCAACUUGUUCAACCUCACCGAGCAGUGGAACGAGGAACAAGAGUUCGUUGAUAUGCAAUCGUUUAUUCUGGGUCCAAAUCUGACGUACAGCAGUGGGCCACACUUUCGAAUUCGAUUUACCGGGCGAAAGGGCCUCGAUAGAGAGAGGGAGCAGUUUUACAAGCUGAAGCUUAUUGCAGUUGACUCAGGAGGUUUAUCCUCGGUGGCCCAGUUAAAUGUUCUUAUUGCCGAUGUUAACGACAACCCACCGAUAUUUGACAAGAUUUCGGUCUUCAAAGAGUCAAAUUUAGAGAUUCGAGAGUACACUACUGAUAUGGAGAUCUUCUUCAUCGAGAAACACACCCAGCAGCCGAUUUCUCUGAUCCCAAGCUACAACAUUCCCGGAUCACCGAGGUUAGCCCUUGAACGGCAUUAUGACUUGUUAAGCAGAGAAAAGCGGGCUGGUGGAAUGCCAAAAUGUCCGCUGUUUGCAAUGAGGGAAGACAUUGUGGUGGGAACAGUUGUACUUCAAGUGACCGCAACAGAUGACGACUACGGGAAGAAUGCACGAAUUAUGUAUGAAAUCGAAUCGGAAUCUGUGAAUUUCAUCGGAAGGCCAACGGGAAAGGUGUAUAAGAACUUUGCCAUAGACAAACUCACCGGGGAGCUUAAGGUGAACUCCCCACCAGAAGCCAUGUCAGAGGUAACUCUCAAGUUGAAGGCCAGAGAUAUUGGAAAUCUGUUUGAUACCACCUGCAUCCGAUUCACCAUUGUCGAUGUCAACAAUCAUGCUCCGUUGUUCAAGAAGUCGUGGUAUUCAUUUGAUAUUCAUGAGGGCCCUUACGUUCAACACUCCUUGGAUAGGAUCGAAGCCACCGAUAUGGACUAUGGCCAGAAUGCAAACAUAACUUACAGCCUAAAAGCCGACGAAGAGAUUCCGUUUACGAUUUCUCCGAUAUCGGGGGUUCUGAAGAUUGACGGACUUCUGGAUCGGGAACACGUUUCGAUAUACAACUUCCAUGUGAUGGCAACGGACAAUAGCGAGGAGUCUCAGCGGAUGACCAGUUCGGUAGAGGUAGAGAUCAAUAUCCUCGAUGUGAAUGAUAAUGCCCCGGAAUUCAUCGGUUAUGAUGACCUUGUUGACCCAAAGCUAUACAAUCUCGAAGGAAAAACACAAAUUGCCCAUUACCGAGCAUUCCUGGGCAGAAAUAGUAUGCCAGGGACUUUUGUAAAACAAAUCAGUGCGGUGGACAAAGACUACACUGGCAACGGAAAUGGCCUAGUGCUGUUCUCUUUGGUGCACAAGGAGAUGCCGUCAUUGUUUCAGAUUGAUUCUCGAGAUGGCGUUGUUACUACAAUUGGGGAUUUCAAUAAAUACAAUGGCUACGAGCACCUGAAUAUGACUAUCAUUGCUUCAGAUCUUGGGAGUCCUACGCAGUCUUCAACAGCGGUACUCUUGGUUAAUCUUCAAGGGCAGCUGAUAGUCCCGGAAGCAGAAAUGGAAGAAGAAUUCAACACAGACCUCUUUCCUCACCGGUACUACGAGGUUGGCCUCGAGGAAAACAAUAUGUCCCCCAUGGAAAUCAUAACUAUCAACCUAACCUCUAGACACAAGCCAGAGGCCUAUCGUUGGUCGUUGGUUCCUGAAGUAGACUCGACUGAUCACCAAUUUUUUGAUAUCGACCCAACAGCUGGGGUUGUUUACGCUAGUAAAUCGUUUGACAGGGAACUGAAGGAAACAUAUCGACUCAAGAUCCGAGCGGAGAAGGUAUCAAGAGAGGGUCGAAAUUUUGCCAAAAUGAAAUACCCCGUUGCCGAUGAAAGAGUUCUGGAUUUGAGCUACAACGAAGUAAGGGUUGUGGUGAUGAUUAUAGAUGAGAAUGAUAACACACCAAAGUUCCGUGGACGGGGACGACCAAUUGUUGCCGUCAUUCCGAAUACAGCCAACUUCGGUUAUCCAGUUACAACGGUGGAAGCCCUAGACGCUGAUAAGGGUAUCAACUCCGAGAUCAGGUACAAGCUUCUCAAUGAACCUUCGAGACUUUUUGGCAUCGAUGAGGUGACAGGCAAGAUACGAGUUCUGAAUUCGGUUGGAAUUGAUCAGCGUGUUUAUGGAUUUGAUGUGAAGGCAACCGAUCGACGAGGAGCUGACGAUGGAAGGAGCAGCAUUGCCAAUGUGUUUGUUUAUGUUCUUGAUGAGAAGAGGGAAGUUCGCUUGGUGAUCGCUGGACGACCAGUGGAAGUUGAAAAACAGAUCGAGGCCUUGACUACAAGAUUAAGCGACACAACCCAGAUGGAUGUGAAAAUAAGGAUGUUGGAACCGCAUGAAGGUGGCGAAGAAAUAGCGACUGAUGCUUAUGUCUAUGCCGUUGACCUACGGACCAAUGCGGUUGUCGAUAUGGAGACCCUUCAUAGUUCCCUGAGUCAGUUGGUAUCCGAAAACUCCUCCUCAUCCGUCGCUGAGCCCCGUAUAAUUGAGGUAUCAGAUUUCGGAACACUACGGUCCUCGAGCAAAUCGGUCUCCAUAAUGGGUGGCACCGAAAUUAUUUCCCUUGUGUUGGCUGUUCUCAUUUUGGCCGGAGCCUGUACUACUGCCCUUUGCCUGGUGUGCUUCAGACAGAAACGAUGGACGGAACAAGAGUUUCCAUCAUCGGAAACUGGUCUAACUUAUACGAUAGCCAGGCUAAAUGAUGUUACCAACGGCCGUGGUGUGGCUGGUGGUGGAAUCGGCGGCGGCGGCAAGGCAUUGCGGAAGACCAUAAGCAGUCCGGAGUCAAUGUGUUCCACGCACUCAUCCAGCACGCUGCAGAAACCGGAUAUCUUUCACAAAACGCCAACCAUUCUGAACAACGACAUGCGUCCCAGGGAAUAUAUUGAUGUCCCGUUACCUAAGUCGAUCAUCAAAGCAAACCGGUCAGGUGGACCAGUGGAGCACGAGCCCAUGUCGUAUGGAACCAAGUAUAGCACCUUUCAGACACCUAACAACUUAACACAACAUUACGACACAUCUUUACAUUCACAUCAUUCAAGUGGCCGUGAUUCAGGCGUUGAUUUUAUAAGUCAUCGUGAACGUAGUGAAACACCAUCUGAAAUUCUCAAGGUCUUACAGAGGCGCCAGAGCGUCUCGGAUAUUCGAAAAUAUCCCCACACCGAAUCUGGUGUCUGCUUUGCUGCUGCCAACGAUAGCAGCGAUAGCUACGAGGAUUCCUUAAAAAAUGAAGACGUCACAUCAACUCGAGCCUGUAGUCUCCACUCGAUACCUAGCAUGCAGAAAAACAACCAAAAACAACAACUCUGUGAACUUCACAAACUCCAUAGCUAUCAGAAUACAAAUUUCCACCACAACCGGAUACGACAUUCAUUUUCCGGCGUUAAAGACGACUUAAUGCAAAGUUCACCGAGGGUUUCACUGCGACCGCGAGGACAUUUGUUUAGAAAUUCCAUGACAGAUCUCGAGCAAAGGCUGCAUAAUUUGGAACAAUCGUUCCGUAAAAGUGACUCCAUCUAUUAGUAAUUUAAACUAAAAUAGGCUAAGCGCAUUUAGGGUAAAAUCGUUGCGAGUCGCGUGCGUCGGUCGUCGCAUCAAUUGCGGUAUUAUUAGGGAAUACAUUUUUAGGAUUAAAGAACGUGCACCUUGUUAAUUGUAAUUUGUUUUAUAUAAAUAAUUUUGUUUGUACAAAUGAUGUUGAAUGCAAUUCGAAAAUAAAAAAGAAGAAGAUGUUAAAAGAUGUUUAAUUUUAUAAAAACAAAUUACUUAGA